AAGUGUCUGUUCAUUGACUGACAAUCGCGUCUCCUCUGUUCUUCGUGACUGUUCGGCAUGCCGCAUAUUCCUUCACCAACACGAUCGACAUGCACUCCUCCUCCUAUAGGACUCCUAUCCUAUGGUUGAAGUUGCUAAGUUUCUCGGCUUGACUGUGAUUUGGCCUUUUUCCACAAUGGGAGCUGCUAUUAGUAAAGGUGCAAAAGGCAUUGGCACUCUUCUCGGAAAUGCCGUUGUAGCUCCAAUCAAAAGUGUUUUUGGUGGAUCUUGCGAGGGUGUUUGUCCAGGAAUAUGGGAUAUAACUUGUUUUAUUGAGCACCUCUGUGUCUCUAAUCUAUUGAAACUGUUAAUGGUGCUGGGGCUUUGCUACAUAAUUUUGCUGGUUUUCUAUCUCAUGUUCCAGGUGGGAAUCUGCCAAUGCAUUGCGAGAAGCCUUUGCAAGAUGUGUUGGGCUGCGUGUCAGACAUACUGGUUUUUAUUCGAAUAUAUCACCUGUUUUGUUUGGCACAAGUUAAAGAACACCAAUCGGGUAAACCGUCGGCGUAGGCGCUGCUUUCGUGACGUUGAGGUAGGGUGUUCUUCAGAUGGCGAAACUGUGUCUUUAGAGGUUGAUCAAAGUUUCAAUACGAGGAAGUUACGUAGAAAAAGAAAGGAUAGGGUGGAGAGCUCAUUCUACCCUUCAAGGCAAAAUAGGUAUGCCAAUGACAGUCACCGCAACCACCCUCGUUUUAAGGGCGACAGAUAUCAAAGAUUUAAGUACUCAAGACAGCUUCAAAUGAGGAAGCUGAGUAAUAUUCGAAGAGAAUCGACUUUGUUUAAGAAGAGAGGGUUCAGCCGUUUGAGAAUCAGCUAUAAAAAGAAAAGUUGGGGGAAGCUAACAAGGUUCGAACCUACGACCUAUCGCAUAGAAGCCACCAUUCUUACCACUGGUAUAAGGUGCCAGUCUUGUUAGGUGGGUCACAUGACUAGCCUGUGCUUUACUUAAAUCCGCCCUUGUAUGGACUGGAGGUACUUGUCAAAGGAAAUGUGGUGGUUCUCUCGUUUGGAAGAUGAAUGGUUAUGUAGAAUUUAUAUGAAUGUUUCUAGUAAGUGGAAUUUCAAAUCUCCCGGUUUAAUUUAAAAUCAUACCUUUUAACCACAAGAUUAUUCUCUAGUCAUGAAUACAAUAGAUUAUCAAACACGUAACAUACAUUAAUUGGAUUAAACCUUUCCAUUAAUGUGUGGAUUCUAUGGAUUGCAGUUAUUGCCAGGAGAUGGAUGUGUUUCUCUCUUUUGAAAGAUGCACAAUGGAUUGACAAAAGAGGACUCAACGUACUAGAUUGUAUCUCUCGAGUGUAUAAGAACAUUACUCGUAAAAACCGAAUU